GAUGCUGCGGAAGACCCCCGAGAUCCGAGAGGGUUCUUCAGGGGCGCAGGGAAGAAGAGCGAUCCGACCGCGAGAAGCAAAGCGGCCUGGUAGGGGCAGCAGCCCCUCUGGGGAGGUUUCAGAGAGAUCUGGGGCCAUGGCGGUCAGAGGGAGAAGAGCAACGAGCUGUUUUUAAAGGUCGGCACCAAGAUGCCCUUUUCAGAGGACGCCAUGAAGAAGAAGAACCCUGCGGGAGGGACCCUGUUGAAGCUGUCCCGAGGCUUCGGGACGGUGGCGCCCCGCCAGUUAAGCCCGCCACGCCCGCACGCCCUGUGCCCACGGAGGCCGCCCGCGGGAGCCGGCCCCCGGCGCGGGUUGCUCGAGCCCGUCGGGACGGCCCGGGCCUGCGGGGCCCGCCGCUGAUUGGCUGCGCCUCCGGGGCGGAAGUGAUGCCGCUGUCACUAGCUGCUCCGGCUCCCGGGAAGCCGCGAGUUUCCGCAGGGAGGCGGCGGCAGCUGCGGCCGGGCGGGUCUGUAGCCUGUGCUGAGUCAACACUUACAGUGACAGUGAUGCCUUUUCCCCGUUUGCAUAAGAUGAGUGUCACGUGGGUAGCCAGACCAGGAGCUCAACUUCCUAUAGAGUCCAGCCUACUGCUCUGAUGCCGAAAGGGAGGCAGAAAGUGCCACACUUGGAUGCCCCCCUGGGCCUGCCCACCUGUCUCUGGCUGGAAUUAGCCGGGCUUUUCUUACUGGUUCCCUGGGUCAUGUGCCUGGCAGGGACAAGUGGGCCUGAUGCCCGGCAUCCAGGGGGGCUAAGCUGGGCUGUUCAUCUGCAUAGCCUGGAAGGUGAGGGGGCAGAAGAUACUCUGGAGCAGCAAGCAGAUGCCUUGGCCCAGGCAGCAGGGCUGGUGAAUGCUGGGCGCAUCGGAGAGCUCCGGGGGCACUACCUCUUUGUCCAGCCAGCUGGACGCAGGCAGGCCCUGGAGGCGGACGCCAUCCGGCAACAGGCGGAAGAAGUGUUGGCGAGGCAUGAAACUGUGCGCUGGCACUCAGAGCAGAGGCUGCUAAAGCGGGCCAAGCGCAGCGUCCAUUUCAAUGACCCCAAGUACCCACAGCAAUGGCACCUGAAUAACCGGCGGAGCCCUGGCAGGGACAUCAACGUGACAGGUGUGUGGGAGCGCAAUGUGACUGGGCGUGGGGUGACGGUGGUGGUAGUGGAUGACGGAGUGGAACACACCAUCCAGGAUAUUGCCCCCAACUAUAGCCCUGAGGGUAGCUAUGACCUGAACUCGAAUGAUCCUGACCCCAUGCCCCACCCGGAUGCAGAGAAUGGCAACCACCAUGGCACUCGGUGUGCAGGAGAGAUUGCUGCUGUGCCCAACAACAGCUUCUGUGCCGUGGGCGUGGCCUAUGGGAGCCGCAUAGCAGGUAUCCGGGUGCUGGACGGACCUCUCACCGACAGCAUGGAGGCUGUGGCGUUCAACAAGCACUACCAGAUCAACGACAUCUACAGCUGCAGCUGGGGACCAGAUGAUGAUGGGAAGACAGUGGAUGGCCCACAUCAGCUUGGAAAGGCUGCCUUGCAACAUGGGGUGAUUGCUGGUCGCCAGGGCUUUGGGAGCAUCUUUGUGGUAGCCAGUGGUAAUGGGGGCCAGCACAACGACAAUUGCAACUACGAUGGCUAUGCCAACUCCAUCUACACAGUCACCAUAGGUGCCGUGGAUGAGGAGGGGCGGAUGCCAUUCUACGCAGAGGAGUGUGCCUCCAUGCUGGCGGUCACCUUCAGUGGUGGGGACAAGAUGCUUCGGAGCAUCGUGACCACUGACUGGGACCUGCAGAAGGGCACCGGCUGCACCGAGGGCCACACGGGGACUUCAGCUGCAGCCCCUCUGGCAGCUGGCAUGAUAGCCCUGAUGCUGCAGGCACGGCCCUGCCUCACGUGGCGUGACGUCCAGCACAUCAUUGUCUUCACAGCCACCCAGUAUGAAGAUCGCCGUGCAGAUUGGGUCACCAAUGAAGCGGGCUUCAGCCAUAGCCACCAGCAUGGUUUUGGCCUGCUCAAUGCUUGGAGGCUCGUAAAUGCAGCCAAGAUCUGGACAUCUGUCCCUUACUUAGCAUCCUACGUCAGUCCCAUGAUAAAAGAGAACAAGGCUAUUCCGCAGUCCCCCCGAUGGCUGGAGGUCCUGUGGAAUGUCAGCAGGAUGGACCUGGAGAUGUCGGGGCUGAAGACCCUGGAGCACGUGGCAGUGACAGUCUCCAUCACUCACCCACGGCGCGGCAGCUUGGAACUGAAACUGUUUUGCCCCAGUGGCAUGAUGUCCCUCAUCGGCGCCCCCCGCAGCAUGGACUCGGAUCCCAAUGGCUUCAACGACUGGACCUUCUCCACUGUGCGAUGCUGGGGGGAAAGAGCAAAAGGGGUCUACAGGCUGGUUGUCAGGGACGUAGGAGAUGAAUCGUUGCAAGUGGGCGUCCUCCAGCACUGGCAGCUAACCCUGUAUGGCUCUGUGUGGGGUCCAGUAGACAUCAGGGACAGACAAAGGCUGUUGGAAAGCGCCAUGAGUGGAAAAUACCUGCAUGAUGGCUUCACUUUGCCCUGCCCACCUGGGCUGAAAAUUCCUGAAGAGGAUGGUUAUACCAUCACUCCUAACACCCUCAAGACCCUGGUGCUGGUCGGCUGUUUUACCGUCUUCUGGACUGUCUACUACAUGCUGGAAAUAUAUUUGAGCCAGAGGAAUGUAUCUUCCAACUCACUUUGUAGGAAUGGACCUUGCCACUGGCCCCAGUGGAGCCGAAAAGCCAGGGAGGAGGGGACAGAGCUAGAGUCAGUGCCACUUUGCAGCAGCAAGGACCUAGACGGAGUGGAAGCAGAGAGCAGGGGUCCUCCCCCCUCCUCUGGCCUCCUUGCCCGAGACCUGCCAGAUCAAGGAGACUGGAACCUGUCCCAGAACAACAAGAGUGCCCUGGACUGCUCUCAUCAGCACCAACCCCUCCACCUUCUGCAGGGGAAGGAGGAGCAGAUCUGCUGAUAGCAGGGCCUCACAGACUCAGUGCGGGACAGGCUCUUGCUUCCCGAAAGUGGGGAAGCUUAGGAAGCUGCUCACAACUUUCCAGAGCUCUGGAGGGGAAGCCGUCCUGAUGCUUCCAUCUGGAAUCUGCGGCCUACACAGCAUCCUCUGACUACGCUCAGCAGGGUGAGGGCCUUCCUAAGGUACAAGUGGCAGAGGAUUGGUACCAGACAGCAGUCUGGCAAGAGCCGCAGGAUCUUCCUCCAGCUGAACAGAGUUUUGGCAAGAAGGUCUUGGACAAGAGAUAGGUGCCUCCUUGGGAGGCCUCCAUCCUCAUCUCUCUUGGGCAAACCAGUUGUCUAGGUGCCCCCAUGCAUGGGGCUCCCAGACCAUGCAUGGGUUGAGAAGGUGCUGCCAUGGUCAGGAGAGCAUCUCAAUGGAAACAUCACUGGGGUCACUUGGGAAGAGGACUUAGGGAUCGAGUCUGGGAAGAGCCCCCAGACAUGCCUGUCCUGAAUGCAGCUGCCUCCAUUAUCCUUACCCCAGAUCCCAGAUCAGAAGCCAACCUUGCACCCUAUUCCCUCACCAUUAGCCCCGCCCUCCAUCCUUCUGAAGGACUGGUGCAGUGCUCAUGGCACAGCAGAGGGUGGGCACGGCUGCCAUGGGCCUGUGCUGCUUCAGAAGAGGAUCCUGCAGCAGAGGUGCAGAGCAGGGGCCAGACGUGUGUUUUUUAGGAGGCAGCCUUGGGAGCCACUGCAACCCCAGUCCUGCGACCACCCUGUCUUCCUCUGCAAAGUGCUCAGGGAAAUGGCCUUACCCCUGGAGGUCAGCUGUCUGCCUCUCAGGUUGUGACUCUGCCUUCCUUUCUUGGCCUCCCAAGCUAGUUGGCUGAUCGGAGAUUUUUUUUUUAAUGCUUAAGAUUUGGUUUUCUCUUUUCACAGCAACAUUUUGUUGAAUUUUUUUCUGCACAGCUUUUCCAAAAUAAAAACCUUCCAAACAAU